AAUCCUCCUUUUCAAUGUUAAUGAAUCCUGAAAUUGCAACUCAAGAAUUAAAAGAAUUCUUGACACAUUUAGAAAUAAAUUUGAACAAUCUCCUGAAGGUACAGUCAUCAAAUAUGCUAGCUAAUGUAUCAAAACCACAAAUACAGCAAAAAACACACGAUUAUGGUAUAGUUGAUUUGAAAGAGCUUGUUAAUGAUACACAACCUGUUAUUGAUUUGUUAACAAAAGCUAGAUCAUUGUACAAUGGAAUUGAUCCUUUAACGGAUGAAGAAAUGGUUCAAAUAUUUAAUCACACACAAAUACCAUCAAUUUUGGCGAUAUUCUAA